UAAGACCGAAUACGAGAAAAUCCGCCAGCUGCGUCGACCUUGCGUCGUUCAUCUACGUUGUCUUUCUCGAAACGUUCUCUUGUACGUUUCCCGUUGUUGCAUUUGCCCGCCAAAGUGCAUACUCUCGUAGGGGCAUUUCUCGAUCUCCGGUCAGUUCCGGCCUCUGCAGGCGUACGAGACUGCUAGCGCCCCGGCUCACCACAGAACUUAUAUGAGGCAACCAAAUAUUGUGUUCUUCGACGUUGUUCUGCCCUGGCGCCUAUUGCUGUUUUUCGUAUUGCUAUUACUAUAGCCGUCAUUAUCGUGGGUGAUCACUGCGGCUAUUGGGUACUGUUCAGUCAUACGGUGGUAGCACCAAUCAAUACGUCCACGUGGCGAACUUUGUCCCUUGUUGCCUGCCUGUGUCCACGGAAGGGCUGUUCAGCUGCACGCUUUCUCCCUCCAUGGUAUCGACUUUAGGUCUCCUCUCCUACGUAUGCCGGACCGGGUCGCGCCCUCUCCACGAGGCGGCAGGCGAAAAACGCCCAGUCCUGACGAUGGAGCGGCAGAGUGAUUUUAAGGGCGAUCAGUCGCACAUAGUCAAGGCACAACAACAGCAGAAGCAGCAGCAGCAAGGCUACUGAACGGGACCGGACCUGACACCCCGCUGAAAAGCAGAAUAGAACGGUCUGAGAACUCGACGACGAAACGUACAAGCUUAACAGGGAGUGAGCAAACGGAACAGACGACCACAAUAGAGCUUGUGCCGAACUUGCGCGCCAAUUAACUGUUGAGCAACGAUCACUGAAGUAAAACCCACCUUAGUGUGAAUAGAGAAUCUUGACCCAAGUUUCGAGGUGCUGGUGAACAUUUAGGCGAUCUUUAGGCUUGCCUUGUCCUUCUCACUACUGCUGGACAACGACGUUUGAUACGGUUCAAAGAUCGCAACAGUGAAGGGAGAAACACAGCUGAUACGUUAACUUCAGAAACUUUUGCGACACAGGCCUUCAGAGGAAUGCUUUCCCGAGGAACCUGCCGAUUGUUGCGAAAGCUAGUAAAGGUUAAUAAUGUGAGGUGUUUGUCGUGGACUCCUCACGGAGAAGUUAAACGAGAAAUUGCUCGACCAUCUCAUACAUUUGUGUACGAUAACCUUGAUAUUGAGCUGCAACCAACGCAUCUUCGUCAGAGGAAGCCCGAAACGGCUGGACUGCAAUUCGGCAAACAUUUUGCCGAUCACAUGUUUGAAAGCUACUGGAGAAGAGACUCGGGCUGGAGUCAACCCAAAAUCUGUCCAGUACAUGCCCUACAGAUGCACCCCGCAGCAAAGGUACUUCACUAUGCUCAAGAGCUAUUCGAAGGCAUGAAGGCUUACCGUGGUCACGAUGGAAAAAUUCGACUUUUCCGUCCAGAGUUGAACGUUCAGCGGUUACUAGCCUCUGCGAAAAGACUUGGCCUUCCCGCAUUCGACCCACAGGAGUUCCUCCGCUGUCUUGUGCGGUUAGUUGACGUCGAUCGUGACUGGGUUCCGACGAGCCCAUUGAGUGCGCUUUAUAUCCGUCCGACGUUCUUUGGCGUCGAACCCACGUUGGGUGUGCAUCGUUCCUCUGAGGCUUUUCUAUACGUGAUUACAGGGCCGGUUGGUGGUUAUUACAAUACGCGAAGCAGGGGCGUCAGCCUUUUGGCUGAUCCACAAUACGUACGCGCCUGGCCUGGCGGUACCGGAGACAAGAAACUUGGUUGCAACUACGCUCCCACGUUGGCUGUUCAGAGAGAGGCUGAAAGACUCGGACUUGAGCAGGUACUCUGGUUGUUCGGUCCCGAACAGCAGAUCACCGAAGUGGGAGCCAUGAACGUAUUUGUGUUCCUCCGUAACAGAGACGGCGAACCUGAGCUUAUAACUCCUCCACUGUCGGGAAUUAUCCUGCCUGGUAUCACACGUCGUUCAGUACUUGAUCUCGUUCGGCAGUGGAACGAAUUCAAGGUAACCGAGCGCACAAUCACCAUUUUCGAGCUGCGCGAGGCUCUUAAUGAGGGUCGAGUUUUGGAAAUGUUUGGUUCUGGUACUGCCGUCUUGAUUUCACCGGUUGAGCGAAUCGUCCAUCGACAGAACAACCGCUGCGAGGAUCUGUAUAUUCCGACAAUGCAAAAUGAGUGGCAGCUACAUGCCAGAAUUACGCGCAAGCUUCAGGACAUUCAGCGUGGCGUUAUUGAUCACCCCUGGGCCCUCGAGAUCGACUAACCCCCUGAAUUCCAUCUGGGGGUGUCUGGGGGCGCUGCGAUCAGUUUUCCUUUACCAGAUUGUGAACAUGAUUAUUAUUUUCCCUAUUGGCCUACAGAAUAAUGUAAUCAAUUUGGAUUCUCGCACGUUUCAGAUUGUCCUAGAUGGCCUCCUCUUCUAACGUAACGAUAUCGAUGACAUGACUCACUGUUUCAUCUAACCGAGCCUGUUCAGAUGAAAGAUAAUCAUACUCAAAUUCGACUACUUAGUAUUUCCAGUGCACGAACGCGGGCAUUUGUAUGUAUUCAAAAUCGGUUACUCGUACUGGUCGUUUCGCGCUUCUAGCGUGCCAGAGGGAUGGUUGUCUUUACAAACAGAUCGUUUAGAAGCUUUUAGAAAUGCAAAACUCAUUAUUGGAAUAAUCGGCGGUUGUACAUAUCGAUAUGUAAAUAAUCUAAAACGGCAAACUGAAGCUGCUGAUUCCAUUGGGACAUCCAAUGCACCUCGGUCCCAGUCAUGGUGUGACUAUAGUGAGCUGAGAAGAUGAGGAAAUUGAUGCUAUGCUUUCUAACGCAAAAAAAAGCAAACCUCAAUCAAUCAAACUCAAAAGAUGACACUUUGUCGAAUAACUAGGACACAACAACACGCUUUAUAUAUAUAUAUAUAUAUAUAUAUAUAUAUAUAUAUAUAUAUUGUGAUUAAGCGGCUGGUUUGACAUCAUCUCGGAACAGAUGACGUAUCUAAUAUUUGUGUGAGAUAUAAUUAAAUAUAAAUAUAUUUAAUUCGAUUAAGCGCAGGUGCGGGGAUAACAAAUGUUAAACAAAUGGAAGAUCUUAGUUUUUGUUUACUAUUGUUUUGCCUAAGAUUCAUUAAUAUGAUGAUGCAAGAAAACUACGAAAAGCUACUUGAUGCGCAGAGUUAAUAUCGCGGGGCGAACGCAGUUCAAGCGGGUAAAAUGGCCUGCUUUAUAUAUGUAUAUGCGUAAAGCAUAUAUAUAUAUGGCAGAUGUAUCAAAACAUAAAGCGGCCCUACGGCGGUGUAUUUAUUUUGUCGCAGGUGUAAUUUAUCUGUUAUACCUGGAGAAAUCGUCAAUAAAGUGAUUUUCGAUACAAAUUAAAAACGCUCGUGUUUUUACACGAUAAGAAUAAAUCGCAGUUGGAUAUUGUUGUCUACGGAAUAGUUAAGACAUAUAAAAUGCGGAUUUUACUUCUCUGAUAGAAGGGUCCUCCCGAAGACGAUGUGAGUUACCGCAAGCUAAGAUUCGUCGUUAGGUUCGUUAAGCAGAUUUCUUAUUAUAAUUUAUCAUUAAACACAUGUUCAGUUGAUUCUAGAAAAUUUAGGUCAAAAUAUGAGAAAAUCCGGGUCUAUAAUAUAUGUAUAUAUAUAUAUAUAUAUAUAUAUAUAUAUAUAUAUAUACACACACAUCUAAUCUGUUUUUAUAUGGCAAUGAAUUUUAGCCCCUAAAGACCACUUUAUUGAACAGGCUUUUAGCUUAAAAAGUUGUAUAUGGGCUACCUUAUUUCUUAGUGCAUUAUCGUUAUAAUUUUAAAUUCUUUUUCAGAUACUUUAUCUUUAGCAAGGUAUUUUUUUAAGAUUAUAUAGAAACAAAACAACCGUGUAACCCUGUAUAACCUGUAGAAUAUAGGGCAUUAAAAUAAUUUGAUUUUGCUCGUUUAAGGAACCGUUUGAUAUUAUAAGUUAAAGUAGCUUAGUGCAUAGCCUACUUUUAUAACUGUUCUAAGGCUCAGCUGUAUGAUGAUAAGAUAUAUAUAUUAUCUGCUAAAAUAUCCUACUGAAAUUGACGGCAAAGCGGAGAGGACGUGUCGACAAAACAGAUAAAACAGA